CCGUUAUAGUAUAAACACGCUGGGAAGCCUCUGUAGCCAUCAUCCUACUGCCAUGUCUCCAAAUCGUGACGUUAUCAUCGGAUUGAAAACUUUUAGAUUUUGUUUAUUUCAGAAGAAUGUGGAUUAUUAUUCAUUAAAAUGGUAAACUCCAGCUGCGCUCCCGCUGAAAUAGACACAAUCUGCUAUGGAAAACAAUGUAAACAAACUCUACAGAAAAGUUUUCUAUCUGACGCUGACGUCACGAUUUGGAGAUAUGGCAGUAUAUGUUGGCUUCAUCGACUUUCAGUAUGAAUAUACAAUAGGCCGUGUCUAUUUAAUAACUUGUCUAAGACGCCAACGGCUAACCUAACCUCAUCUUAUCCUUGAUUCCUCGUGUCUUUUUCUGUUUUUCUAAACAUUGUGAAAGUGAAAUAAUGUUUAUAAAUUGGAUACUUUAAACCACACUACUCUUCUUAUCAUUUGAUUGGUUACUCCAUUGCAUUUUUUUUAAACUUUUCAAGAUGCCUAGGUCUAAAAGAGAUAAGAAAAUUUCAUUGACAAAAACAUCCAAAAAGGGGUUACAAUUGAAGCAGCAGCUUGUGGAACAAGUUCGAGAGGCGGUAGAAAAAUGUCCAAAUAUAUUUGUUUUCGAUGUGCAAAAUAUGAGAAAUUCCAAAUUGAAAGAUGUGAGGAUACAUUGGAGAACCAGCAGAAUGUUCUUUGGUAAAAAUAAAAUCAUGCAGUUGGCUCUUGGAAAAGGACCUGAAGACGAAAUAAAGGAUAAUUUGUCGAAAUUGACUGCUGAAAUGAAAGGACAGUGUGGAUUACUUUUCACGUCAAAAUCAGUGAAAGAAGUUAGGGAGUGGUUCAGAACGUUCGAAGCUGAAGACUACUCGAGGUCGGGAUCCGUUGCCUCGGAGACAGUGCACCUCCCCGAAGGCCCCCUUCCAGACUUUCCGCAUUCUAUAGAGCCCCAUCUCAGGCAGCUAGGUCUGCCCACCAGUUUACAAAAAGGAGUUGUCACCUUAAUUAAGGAUCACACUGUAUGCAAUGUAGGCGACGUCUUGAAUCCUGAACAAGCAAAAAUUUUGAAAUUGUUGGGGAAAAAGUUGUCGAUCUUCAAAAUGAAACUUCGUUGCGUAUGGUCAAAGGGUGAAUUUAAAAAGUUCGGUUCAAAGAAGGCAAAGAAAGAAGUAGCUGCUAAAGACAAUAGUGAAUCUAAUGUUGAUGUUGACAUGGCUGAAGUGUGAAAACAAAAGAGAAUGAUGAAAAAUGUAUGUAGACCAAUCGGGUUCGGCGUCUCUUCCCCAGAUGAAUGCUCUAUCAGGGAUCACUCUGAGAAUCUACCUAUCAUUUUUAAAGUAUUGUAUAUUAUUUUCAAGGUGAAAAUAAAAUUGGAUCAACUUUCUUGUUGAUGUCAAACCUUAA